GAUCACUCACUCCCUUUUACUUUUCCUCCACUCCGAACAUGUGCAUGCUGCACGCUUAGCUUCUGUUCCAUGUAUUAGCACAUCCAACAGCAUGGGAACUGCUGCAAUCUUUCUCUAAUACUUUUCACAGUGUACAUCACGGCCUAUCGCCCAUUCUCGGAUCGUAUCGAUCACCAUGGCAGCAACAGCCCUGCGCUUCGGCCCAGGGAUUCGUCUGUUGAGUCACCAAUUGCCUAGGCCCUUCUCCUUUCAGCGUUUUGCAUUCUCAUCCUACGUCGUAACACCCAAAGAACUCAAAGAGGCUCUCGAUAAGAACGCACCUACGACCAUCUCCACCGCACCCAGGACGAUACCCUUAUCUGCCGCAUGGUUCAUGCCUAACGAUCCGGAGAAGAGAACAGGCCUCGAGUCUUUUAAGAAGCAAAGAAUCCCUACCUCCCGAUUCUUCGAUAUUGACGCCAUCAAAGAUCCAGAGUCAGAAUAUCCACACAUGCUACCUACCUGCGAUGCCUUUGCAGAUGCCAUGUCACACCUAGGCAUCCGGAGAGACGAUGAAGUGGUUGUCUACGAUACAGCGGAACUGGGCAUCUUUUCAGCACCUAGGGUUGCUUGGACACUCCGGGUCUACGGCCAUCCUAAGGUGCACCUUCUCAAUAACUUCCGUAUCUGGGUGAACGAGGGCUAUCCAGUCGAAAGCGGUCCACCUGAUGUACCCAACCUGUCCAAAUACCCCGUCCCAAGCUACAAUACAGACAUGGUGGUGAAAUUUGCCGAAAUGAAGACCAUUGGUUAUGACCAUGGGAAAGAAGGCGCCGAAGACAUCCAGAUUCUCGACGCUCGCUCAAAAGGACGAUGGGAUGGCGUUGACCCAGAACCUCGACCUGGCUUGAGCUCAGGACAUAUGCCUGGCUCGACCAGCUUGCCGUUCCAGGAAUUGCUCGAUCCUGAGACCAAAGCAUUUCUGCCUCCGGAGCAGCUGAGACAAGUUUUCGAAGCAAAGGGUCUCGAUCCCAAGAAGCCUUUCAUCACAUCCUGUGGCACUGGGGUGACAGCCGCUAUCAUCGAGACUGCUUUGAAAGAAGCACAGUUCGGAUCCGAUGAGGAUCGCCGGCUUUAUGACGGAAGCUGGACCGAAUGGGCCUCUCGAGUCUCUCCCACCAGCGGACUUAUCAAGAAAAGUAAAUAAAGGACAGCCGUCGAAGCAAUCAUCUGGAAGCAAUAUGACGGCCAAGUAUGGCCAUCCCAGCUACCUAUCGCCAGGAAUCCCUUAUGCGGCUUUGCACAUACCAAGGUCGCGUACUUGGUCUUGUGAUCCCUCCUUCAGGAGGUUUCACUCGGACUCGCGGCCAUCAUCGUCGGCCAUCAAAGUUACAGUGCCUUGUAGUGGAGAUGUCUUUGAUGUCAUCUUUUCACGUCGGGGGACACGCGAGGCCCCUGCACAAACACCUGUGUUCAGGUCCAACGGAUCUAUCUUGCCGGUUCUCAUUGGCGUUUCAUUCGACUCUUGAUCUUAGCGCCGGCGUAUGGCAACGCAGUUAUGUCAUGGAAUGUUAGAAUGCCAACCCAAAUUUUGCGAUGGGGGUAAAUUGAUUCUUCCUAUAUACGUCACCUGAAUCGCCCUUCGUAUCUGAGAGUUGCUGUCAUAAUGACCCUGCAAUAUAACAAGCCACGCCCCGAUAGAUAUAGUCCAUGAAUGACAAAAGUUCGC